UCAAAACUAAAAUGGCGCCACUCGUUGGAGAAGUUUUUGUAAAUCUCUAUGCUUUUUAGCAGUAGUUAUCAGAAGGGUUUUAAUCUGGUUUUAAUGAGAAGCAAUGAAAUUUGGACAAGUGGUAAUAGGGCCUCCGGGCUCGGGGAAAACGAGCUACUGCAAAGCAAUGCAAGAGUUCAUGACGUCGCUGGGGCGGAAAGUAGCCGUAAUCAACAUAGAUCCCGCAAACGACGUGCUACCUUACGAAGCAUCAGUUGACAUUUCCUGCUUAAUUCGACUGGAUGACGUCAUGGAAAGGCUGAAAUUGGGUCCAAAUGGGAGCUUUGUAUAUUGCAUGGAACAUUUGGAAAUGAAUUUAGACUGGCUACUGGAGCAAAUGAACACGUAUGGAGAUCGUUAUUUUCUCAUCGACUGCCCGGGACAGGUUGAGCUCUACACACACCACAAUAGUGUCAAGAAUAUCAUGGCAAGCCUGCAAAAAAACGAUUUCAGAAUAACUGCCGUUCACCUAGUCGACUCUCACUACUGCAGCGACCCCUCAAAAUUUAUUGCCGUUUUGUUGACGUCACUGUCCACGAUGCUUCAAAUUGAGUUGCCGCACGUUAACAUCCUGUCCAAAGUAGACCUCAUAGAAAAGUAUGGCAAACUCCAGUUUGGACUGGACUUCUACACAGAUGUCUUAAAUCUGUCUCAUUUAGCCGACACACUUUCUGAUGAUCCGGUCAUGAAAAAAUACAAAAUGCUCAAUGAGGCCAUAGCUGGUGUCGUAGAGUAUUAUGGCUUGGUGUCCUUUGUACCACUCGACAUCCAGGAUAAGGAGUGCAUGUGGAACGUCCUCAAGACCUGCGACAAAGCAAAUGGCUACAUCUUCGGACAGUCGGAAGAGCAGAACUUGCAAAAGAUGUUGACUUCCGCUCUGCGUACUGACACGGAGUCUCAGGACAUCAUAGCGAGGCUCCACGAGAGACUGACCACAGCUGGCACUAAGACUGUCAUUAAUAAUGAGGAUAUUACGGACUGUGCCGAAAUCCUAAGCGACAAUGACAGUUCCUGACAAGUGGUUUGUCCAUCAUCGUUUCAUUUGUAAAUAAACAUACUUCAGUAAUUUUAGAAAUGUCCUGACAAACA